CUCCUCUCCGAGGUGACAUUAGAAGCCCAUUAAUUAGUGCUAUUAAUUCGAUAAUGACAAUUUUGUCCCAAAAGUCACGGCCAAUGGCAUGACGGUUGACGCAAGUUUUGUAAACUGUUCAUUUAUUAAACACCCAAUUGCGUAGAAAAAGUUUGCAAGACUCUUCAACAACUUACUCCCUCCCUCCCUCCCUCUUCUUCUCCGUCUCGCAUACCUAACAUGGAGCAAAGAACUCUAGAGAUCAAUUUGAUCUCCGCUAAAGAUCUCAAAGAUGUCAACCUCUUCUCCAAAAUGGACGUCUACGCUGUUGUUUCAAUCUCAGGCGACUCACAACAACCCAAACAAAAGAUCAAAACCCCUGUUGAUCACGACGGCGGCACCAACCCUACUUGGAAUUUCCCUGCCAAAUUCACAAUCUUGGAGGCACCAGCUCAGCAAAACCGCCUAAUCCUUGUGAUCAAUCUCCGGUGUGAGCGUGCCCUUGGUGAUAAAGAUAUUGGUGAAGUCAACGUCCCAAUCAAGGAGUUAUUGGAAACCAUGGGAGAUGGAAAAUCUAUGCAAUUUGUUAGUUAUCAGGUCAGGAAGCCAUCAGGAAAGCCUAAAGGUCAGUUAAAUUUUUCUUAUAAGUUUAGUGAGAAGGCUAUUGUCUCAGGACCUGAAAAAGUGAGCGAAAAGGCCAACCAACCAGUCACUGCAUAUCCUGCUCCGCCGCCUGCUGGGAUUGGCUCUAGUUCAGCACCUUAUGGUGCUCCUGGGCCUUAUCCACCUCCACCACCAAGCGAUCCAGUCCCACCAAUGGCAAAUUAUAGUUACCCACCACCUGCAUAUGCUGGAUAUCCACCACCACCUGCAUAUGCUGGAUAUCCACCGCCGCUGCCACAGCCAUAUGCUGGAUACCCACAACAAGCUCAUCCGCCAGGACAUGGAUACCCGCCGCCGCCUCCACCCGCAGGUUAUGGGUAUCCACCGGUUCAGGCUGGAUAUGGAUAUCAACCAGUGCAACAACCGGCAAAGAAGAACAAAUUUGGAAUGGGAUUGGGAGCUGGCUUGUUAGGAGGAGCAAUUGGUGGGCUUUUGAUCGGAGAUAUGGUGUCUGAUGCUGCAUCUUAUGAUGCUGGGUAUGAUGCAGGAUUUGAUGAUGCCGGUGGAUUUUGAUUCUCUCAAUUUUUUCUUCUUGUUAAUGUUUUUGUCAGACUUAUCUUAUGGGAUGUUAAUGGUUGGUGUAGAAUAAAUGAUGGAUUUUGUCUUUUAAGAAUCUGGAUAUUUUCUCCUUAAUGAUCUCAUCUCAGUCUUAAUUAAUCUAA